UUGAGGGGUGACCAUUUUCAUCAGUGCAGCCAUAUUAAUACAAAUUUUACUCUUUUUUUUUUUACACCCACACACACCACAUGGGCACUCGAACCUCUCGGUGUUGAAGCUCACGUCUACCACUGAGGCAUGAGUAGGGACCCAAUACAAAUUGUACUUUAGGAUGGAUAGUGAAGGAUUUGUACAGUGAAUUUGAUGAUGCCUGGUGUUUGUAUACUUUCAUAGAAGUAUCACCCUACUAGAGUACUUACUCGUGUAUCAACCAUUUGCUCUUGGAACACUUGCGAUACUAGCAUACAAUGAGGCGAAGAUUCAUACCAUGCAGUGCAAUUUAACUGGAUAUGUUCUUUUCUUCAUUAGUUCGCUGUUAGUUCUUGUUGUAAGUAAUUUUUUCUUAAUCUCCGCCUCCAUUUGAUACAUCAUUUGCAUUUUCUUUAACUUUACCAGCAGUGUUUGAUUACUUCUGUUUGACUUUUCAAAUGGGUAAUGCUAUGGCUACUUAUGAUUGUAGUAAUUCGAAUCUUGCUUUCCCCAGAUUUGUCUUGAUUUAUGUUUUUGGUCAUGUUGAUUCAAGUUUUUAUUUUUAUUUAUAUCUAUAUUUUGUUGUUGAAGCAUGUAUGUUUCUGGAUCUGUUCAUCUAUUUGUACAUUUAGUUUUCCUAGCUUGAUUCUAUUACCACUUGUAUGCAUGCCAUCAUCAGCUCUUCAUUAUUACAUACACCUGAGAUUGAACAUGGAUCUAGGGUGGCGUGGCAUCAAGGUUAUUCUUUCUGAUGCCAAUGUGCCGGGUGAGGGGGAGCACAAGAUAAUGUCAUACAUUCGCUUGCAAAGAAAUCUACUAGGGUUUGACCCGAAUACACAACAUUGCUUGUAUGGGUUGGAUGCUGACUUGAUCAUGCUAGCACUGGCUAUACAUGAAGUGCAUUUUGCAAUUCUUAGAGAGAGAAUGUCAAAAUGGGAGAUGAUUGAGGUUGAUCCGUUGCCAAUUACUCAAUCUGAUAAUAGAUGCAAGGGCCAAUGUCGGCCUCAUGGGACUGAUUCAUUACCAAAGGUAUAAUCCGUGAGACCUCCAACUUAGAGAUGCGACAUUAUGAGGUUUCCCAAAGAAAAAGGGGAACGCGAAAGCUUCGAAUAACUUACCGGCCAUUGCAGUUGGAAUAAAACAAAAAGAAAAUGUGAACCAGAUUGUUGAAAAGGUAUGUAAGGCUUCAAGAGCUUUUCUCUAAGAGUACAAUUAUAUGCAAUAAAGCUCAUGUACAACACCACACAUGACAGCAUGUACCAUUGACCAUGAGCCAUGGUCUUUUGGUGAAGAGGUUUGUACCAUUGACCAUGAACCACCCUUUUUUCUUCUUAUUUUUAAUAACCAAGUACA